UAUUUACCUGCUGCAGUUUACUAUUUUCGUUAUAAAAUAAUGACGGAAAUUAAGAAUCCUCUAUUUAAUGCAUUGUUACGGAAAAAGAGCAUGUGCUGUUUGUGUUUUAACACAGUGGAUGACGCCGCAAUCCAUAUAGAAGACGAGGUGGUGCUGAAAACAAAUAGUGUCACAAACCACUUGGAGCUCUCAGAGGUUCUAAGUUUUGUUUUAGGGAAUGAGGUCAAUGGAAUCCUGGCUUUUGACACAGUUUGCAAAGAAUGUUCAAUAACAGCAUUAAAUUGCUACACAUUCAUCAAGAAAAGCAAAGAAAAUACACAAAAUUUACAUAAGGCUAUAACAAAUCUAGAUCAUAGUAUACCACAUGACAUAGAACAUGUUUUUUGCAAGUCUCUAUUUAUUUCGUUUAAUGAAGAUCUAACAACUCAAGACUUUUUCGAUUAUAAGAGGUCUGUGAAUUUGCCAUCAGCUAUCUUAAAGAGGUUUCAAAGCAUUUCUAAUAUAGGAAAUGAUAAAAAUGCUGUACAGGAUGUGAAGAAUGAUGAUUUUGAUUACUUUGAACUUGACACCGAACCAGUAGUAAAAACUAAAAAACACAAAAGUCGACCUAGGAAAAAUACUUUGCCAAAAGAACUUAUACUACAUAAGGAUAGUACACAUUUGUCAUAUAAAUGCAGUGGAUGCCUUAAAAUUUUCCAAACAUUAGAUUACCUACGGCAGCACUAUCUCAGGCUACAUGCACCGAAAACUUUUAAAUGCCCUAAAUGUGAGCGCAGCUAUGCUUCAUACAAACUAGUGGAGCAGCAUUUAAAAGACUGUCAUCAGACUGUAAUAUGUGUUGAAUGCGGAAAAACAUACAAAAACCGUUUCAGUUUAAAACAGCAUGAACUCUCUCAUAGACUAAGAUUUGUCUGCCAAAGUUGUGGCCGCGUUUACAAAAAUAAAGAUACAUUCAAACAGCAUAUUGAGUACGGAAUAUGUGGUCAAUCCGCUAGAAAAUCGGCAACAGACGGCUUGUUCAAAUGUGAUAUUUGCAAUAAACAGUACUCCCGUAAAAACACAUUGCGUGUUCACAUUAAAUUUGAACAUACAAACACGGGACAGCAACAUAUAUGCAGUUGGUGCAACAAGAAGUUCAGUUGUCAAAGCAGAUUGAAAGCGCAUACAGUUAAGCAUACGCAGGAAAAGAACUUUCCUUGUGAUAUCUGUGGGGGUAAAUUUGUUACGAAAGAGUCUCUUCUGUAUCACACUCGUAUACAUACUGGAGAGAAGCCAUAUAAGUGUUCAUUCUGUGAUUUAAGAUUUCUAUCUUCAUCCCGUCGGGCCGAGCAUGUAAGACGUCAGCACAUGGACCCAACGCUGACUUGUGACAUUUGUAAAGCCAAGUUUAGGAGUCAUUCCUGCUUGUUGAAGCAUAAGCAGAGGCAUGCAAACCCAAACAGCAGGCUGUUUGCUGUUGAAGGCAAGCCUCAGGAGGAAAAUGAGUAUUGCAUCAAGAAUUAAAUUUUAUUAUUGCAAUUUGCAACCAAUUAAAGCUGGAAGAAAGUUGAAUUGAGA